AUGGACGAGUCGUCAGAAACACGGACCCAUAACAAAAGGAACGAACGUGCACAUUGGUACAGCAUGUCACCUGGCGGAAGUGGUUCUUCUACUAAAGGAGGUGCGAAACAGAACAAAACAGACAAAGAUGCACAAGCAAAGACAAAAAAACAUGUCAAAGUCAUAAAGCCACAACAAGGACAAACGAUACAAAAAAGUCACAGCAAAGAUAACAAAUCACGACAAAGACAAAAGUCACGACAAAAACCAAAAGUCACGACAAAGACAACAGUCACGACAAAGAUAAAAUUCUCGACAAAGACAAAGGUCACGACAAAGACAACAGUCACGACAAAGACAAGGGUCACAACAAAGACAAAAGUCACAGCAAAGACAAAAGUCACAGCAAAGACAACAAUUACGACAAAGACAAAAGUCACAGCAAAGGCAAAAGUCACGACAACAAUAAAAGUCACGAUAAAGACAAAAGUCACAGCAAAGACAAACGUCACAGCAAAGACAACAGUAACAGCAAAGGCAAAAGAUACAGCUAAGAGAAAAAUCACAGCAAAGACACGCAUGACAGCAAGGACAAUAGUCACAGCAAAGACGAUAGUUACAGCAAGGACAAUAGUCACAGCAAAGACAAUAGUCGCAGCAAAAACAAAGGUCACAGCUAAGAUAAAAGUCACAACAAAGACAAGCAUGACAGCAAAGACACACAUGACAGCAAAGACGAUAGCCACAGCAAAGACAAUCGUCACAGCAAAGACGAUAGCCACAACAAGGACAAUAGUCACAGUAAAGACGAUAGCCACAGCAAGGACAAUAGUCACAGCAAAGACGAUAGCCACAGCAAAGACGAUAGCCACAGCAAAGACAAUAGUCACGACAGAGACGAUAGCCACAGCAAGGACAAUAGUCACAGCAAAGACAAUAGCCACAGCAAGGACAAUAGUCACAGCAAGGACAAUAGUCACAGCAAGGACAAUAGUCACAGCAAAGACAAAGGUCACAGCUACGAUAAGCAUGACACCAUUAGGAGCAAGUGAUAGCAAACACAUAAUUCAUGCAUUGAUAAAAACUAAAGUUUUCUUCAUUAAGAGCUUAAAGUAG